CGUGAACAAGCCCUGACCAACUGCUGGUGGUGAAAAAUCUGGAGAUCUCUGCCUGAUUUUCAUGCUUGCAUUCCUCUAUCCAUCAAGGCAAAGCGUGAUCUUGUUGGCCCGAAGGAAACGUCCCCAUUUUGGUUUAUCCCAUUUCGUUGUCGCAAGAAGCCCCUCGAGCGGAACAAGAGAUGCCCACCAUCACACUCCAACCAAGCCGGCUUACCUGGCAAAGGCCGUCCAGGGAGGAGACCUUGGAGGCGCUUUACGAGCCUUUUACGCCCUUCAACGCCAGAAAUGUCUCCAUCAAGUUGACCCCGCUACCAUCGAUAAGCUGCUGGCGCUAAUGAACGACAAGGGAGACAGUCAGAUCUUAUCCAAGUUUCAGAAUGUGUCAAGGCAUCUUCAUGCAUCCGGUUUGCGACUUCGCGGUCUUGCCUACCUGCACUUGAUACGGGCAUAUGCUUCCCGUAAAGUUGAUGUAGGGUGGAUACCGACUGUCCUAAAGGACAUGGAAGCUGACAAACAAACACCGACAGUCGAGCACUUGACACUUUUGUUGGAGGCCGCUGCGACUGCUGGGGAUGUGGCGACUUGUCGCAUGGUGUAUGGACAAUUUCGACGAGCUUCUGGUCGUGUUCGCAACUCUAUCCACGGGUUAAUGGCUGCGACGUUGAUUAAAGCUGGGCCUUUAGAUGAAGCAAAGGCUUUUCUAUCAAAGUUGGAGGAGUCCAAAGGACCUCUUGGAACUGCAGUGUUCAAUACAGCCGUGCGACAUUUACUUCAUACUGGGUGUUUAAAGGAAGCUCUCGUGUUUAUAAAAGAGUUUCCUCCUGACUCCAUCAAGCACGGUUCAACGGAUGGCAGAACAACAGCCUACGAGCUUUCCAUGACUGUUUUUCAAAGAGCAGACGACUAUGAUGGUAUCGCAAGCAUUUUAUCUCACAUGCACGCUGCUGGAUUGUUCCCGGGGCCUGGAUUCCUGUAUUCGCUUCUCUCGGGCCUGACCGAAAAAGCCAAGAACCCGGCUGAUGCAGAGAUGAACCGGGCAGACACCGUGAUUCAGCACCUGGAAAACUUUAAUGCGCUGACGACAUUGCCUGCAUACAAUAUGGCUAUAGCGUACUAUUCACAACGAGCCAAAGUCCACAAGGCAGAGGAGCUGCUCAAGGCUAUGGUGGCCGCUGGACUGCAGCCAGACGUACGUUCCUUCAUGCCUAUUCUAUCGGCGUACGCCGAUCAAGGCGCAGCUAUACGAGCAGAAAUGUGCAUUAGUUCCAUGCAGGAAUCUGGGGUUACGCCAGAUAUUCCAGUGUACACUGCCCUCAUCAAAGCGCACAUGCGAGCAUCUGACUUGAACGCAGCUUGGGAUACCUUCAAGGAAAUACGGGACCGUGGCCUUGUUCCAGACACGGCACUUUGGACGUUGAUGAUGCGGGUUGUCAGCGAGUUGGAUGCAGGUGACGCUGCGGACAAAUGUGAGGAUCUUCUUGCCCAGAUGAAAAAGGAAGGCAUCGCACCAAACGAGCGUACGUUCGCCGCACUUAUCAAAGCCUGUUCCAACCAGCCAGAGCGGGCACUUCAGCACCUGCGAGGAAUGAAGGCCGAUGGAUUGUCGCCCAACGUCUAUUGCUUUGCUGCUCUUAUCGAGGCCUACGUGAUAGCGGGGAACGUGACAGCGGCCCUUGAGCACUUUGAAAACAUGCUCUCGGAAGGGGUCCGUCCGAAUGCCGUUAUCUUCAACAUCCUUCUUGGGGGGGCUAGUGCCAAGAGGGACCUAGUUGCACUCGAUCAGCUGUACAAAGAAAUGAGAGCUUCAAACGUGUCACCAGACAGUAGCACGGUGCUCCUUCUUAUUCACACUUUUGCGAAACGGGCUCCUGAUAUGCAUGCCGCUGAACAACUUUACAAGGAGUUUGUUAUCAAUGCGUCUGGUUCUCACAUGAAUUCCCAGGAUGUGUAUCAUGCGAUGAUGAACGGAUAUGCCCAGCGAGGUGAUGUGCGGGCUUGCCUGAACGUUCGUGACCACAUGCUUCAAGGAGGUUACACUGAGGACCGCAUUACGCGCAAUAUCAUUAUGAAUGCAUAUGGCCGUGCUGGUGAAUGGAAGCAAGUGAAGGAUUUAUGGGAGGUGACAUUGCGCGAGGGUACCGUGGGACAAGACUCGGUUGUGGUCGCUCUUGAUGUUGCUGGACGAUAUGGGACGGUCGAGGACGUUCGAAUGGUCGUAGAGCAGUGCGCGGGCUUGGGAUUUGCCUUUGGCGAGAAUGCAUACAAUUCGUAUUUGGAGGCACUGUGUCGUCACGAAAAAUAUGAAGACAGUAUCAUGGUUUUAUAUGAUAUGGUCGGAAUGGGUGUUGAGCCAACGAUAAAGACGUAUUGGACGAUUGUCCAGCCGUUAACGGCGGCAAGAAGGAUGUCGGAUGUGGAGCAUGUUCGUGGGUUCCUGGAAAGACAGUAUCCUCAUGCUGUCCCCCGGGAUUAAUAGUGGAAUAGACAAAAUCCCAUAUAGCUUAUAUUCCAUCCUGUCUCAUUUUAAUAAGUUAUGUACAAAUGGAGAAUAUCCAAAGAGAGCGAA